AUGCAAAUCAUUCGUUCUUCACAUUGGUUGCUCCUACUGCUGGGCAUCUGCUUGGUGUUCCUGCUCCAAAGUGCCACAGCCGGCAAAGUGAAGCUCUUUGCAUUUAAGGGUCCGCAUGCCGGUUUUGUUGGAUUGAAAGUACGAACUCCAAAGUUGUUGGGACUUAAGCAUGGACUGGUGGGUCAUGGCGGUGGAUUCGGUGGUGGCUUUGGCGGUGGCUUCGGUGGUUCAGUUGGCGUCGGCGGGGGCUUCGGCGGUGGCCACAGUAGUGGCUAUGAGCAUCACGAGGAAUAUCAUCACGAGAGCCACUACAGCAGCGGGGGAAGCUAUGGUGGUGGCAGUUUCGGAGGCGACUUGUGGGGAAAAUAAACAAAAUGUUCCUAAAUAGCCUAAGUUAGACUUUAAACAAAUUAUCUUCAUUAGCAUCACAAUGAUUGUUAUGUUUAUUACAUCGUCUCCAUUAGAAUUAUGUUUGUUAUUCAG